UGAAUUAGAUCCCCGUGAAGUACAUUAUUGUCGUCCUCUUCUUCCAGAAUCUGAAAGUUUUCUUUUAAUUUGUUUGUUUUGCACGCAUUAAUGGCACUCUUAAAACUCAUUCUAACUGUUUUUAUUGUUGCAUCAGCAACUGUGACUGCCGAUGAUUAUGUUCGACCUCAGCCUCGUAAAGCCUUACACCUUCCAUGGGAUUCAAAGCUCUCUUCAUACCCUCAGCAGGUACACAUUUCUUUGUCAGGAGACAAACACAUUAGAGUUACUUGGAUCACGGAUGAUAAUUCUGCACCUUCGGUUGUAGAAUAUGGAACAUCACCUGGGAAAUACGACUCUUUCGCUGAAGGGGAGACCACCUCGUAUAGUUAUAUUGUCUACAGCUCUGGAAAGAUACACCAUGUUCUAAUUGGACCUUUAGAACAUAAUUCUGUGUACUUUUACCGAUGCGGCAGACAAGGUCCAGAGUUCCAGCUCAAAACUCCUCCUGCUCAAUUUCCGAUUACAUUUGCUGUGGCUGGGGAUUUGGGUCAAACCGGUUGGACAAAAUCGACAUUGAGCCACAUUGAUCAAUGCAAAUAUGAUGUUCACCUACUUCCUGGAGACCUUGCAUAUGCUGAUUAUAUCCAACACCGGUGGGACACAUUCGGUAGGUUGGUGCAGCCACUUGCUAGUGCCAAACCAUGGAUGGUAACUCAAGGGAACCAUGAAGUGGAGAGCAUACCAUUGUUGAAGGAUGGAUUUGUGUCUUAUAAUUCCAGAUGGAAGAUGCCGUUUGAGGAAAGUGGAUCGAGUUCAAAUCUCUAUUAUUCAUUUGAAGUUGCAGGUGUUCACAUUAUCAUGCUUGGAUCCUAUGCAGAUUAUGAUGAGUACUCUGAGCAAUAUAGUUGGCUAAAGGCAGAUCUGUCAAAGGUGGACAGGAAAAAGACACCAUGGCUACUUGUGUUAUUUCAUGUUCCAUGGUAUAAUAGUAACACGGCACAUCAAGGUGAAGGUAGUGAUAUGAUGAAGGCUAUGGAACCAUUGCUAUACACUGCUAGUGUUGAUUUAGUUUUUGCUGGGCAUGUGCAUGCUUAUGAACGCUCGAGACGGGUGUAUAAUGGAAGAGUGGAUCCUUGUGGUGCUGUUCAUAUAACAAUUGGUGAUGGAGGAAACAAAGAAGGCUUAGCUGCAAAGUACAUAAAUCCACAGCCAAACUGGUCAGAAUUCCGCGAAGCCAGUUUUGGCCAUGGCGAGCUCAAGAUUGUGAACUCAACGCAUGCUUUCUGGAGUUGGCACAGGAAUGAUGAUGAUGAACCAGUAAAAUCUGAUGAUAUCUGGAUAACCUCUUUGGUUAGCUCAGGAUGCGUCGGUAGGAAGCGAAAUGAACUCGGGAAUACACUUACGACACCAUAAAAACUGCCUACCGUUGUUUCAUGAUCAGCUGAACUGUUGUUCCUGUCUUUGAUGUGAAUACUUAGGUGUCUUAUGCUCUGAUAAAAAAUAUAUAAUGUGAUGGUAUUCUUACAGUGUGAUUGACUUUGUGAGAUUGGUUUCUUAAUUGGAAAAGCUAAAUGUGGUUGCUUAUUUUGGUAAAUAA